AUGCGCUGGCGCCACCUCCCGCUCGCUCUGCUCGGGCUCGUCGCCCAUGUCUGUGCUCAGUUCGAAAACACGGCGAUCGUCCGGACCAUCGAGCCCGCAGGCGCGCUCACGACGGUCACCACCACGUAUGCCCUCAAAGUCCUCGAGCAGAACGCCAACCAGUACCUUGUCACCAUGAGCAAGCUCGAGGGAAAGCGCACGAGCUUCAUCGAGGCCAGGCUCAAGGGCAAGAGUGACUCGCUUCACAUCAUACCCAAAGGCGUCCAGGCCGGCUUCGCAGGCUAUGCCGUCGUCCUUCCCACUGGUCUGGAGAUCAACUCUACCGUCGACCUCGUCGUAGAACGCGUGCUCUCCAGGGCAACACACCCUUGGCCGGCCUCUGCCGCACAGACGGACCCGCAGUUCAUCAAGUUCGAGGGCGAUCUCUUCAUAACCUCUCCCUAUCCCACCCACACCCAAAGGACGAAAGUUCGCGCUCCCUCGCCUCGGAUAGAGAAGUACGCAAAGCCGGAGGGUAUCCCGACCGAGUACCAGACGGACAAUGUUGUAACAAAAUCUGGCGCUACGAUCACCUACGGGCCCUUCGUCAAUCUCCCGCCAUCCUCCGUCGCAUGGACAGAAGAGAACCAACAACCCAUAUCGGUCCAGUACCACCAUGACGCCCCUGUGGUCGAGAUCACAUCUCUCGAGCGCAACGUCGAACUCAGCCAUUGGGGCGCCAACAUGAACGUCGAGGACAAGAUUGAACUGCACAAUGCCGGACCAUCACUCAAGGGGCAGUUCUCGCGCGUACAGCACCAGAUGGGCAUGUUCCGCGGCGAUAUGCCGCCUCAUGUCUUGCCCGCGUACGCGCUGAACCUACCCGCCGGUGCUCGCGACGUAUACUUCUAUGACCUCAACGGGAACGUCAGUACCUCCCGCUUCCGCCCCGCUCCUUCUGUGGUGAAGGGUUCUGUCGCGCGUCAGCAGUCCUACCUUGAAGUCCGUCCACGCUUCCCGGUCAUGGGGGGCUGGAACUACUAUCACACCCUGGGCUGGGACCAGCCGUUGGCCGACGUCGCUGCUUACGAUCCCGCGAACGGCACAUACUUCGUCGGCGUGCCGUUACACACACCAAUCCAGGGCGCUUCAGUGAAGCUUGUGAACUUCACUAUUACCCUCCCUGAAGGUGCGACGGACGUUGAGUUCUGGCCGGCGUAUACCCCAAAGGGCGCCAGCUUCGGCAAGCACAUCACGUACCUCGACACUGUCGGGCGCCCAUCGAUCACGCUGCAGUACACCGACUUGACCGACAGGCAUACCAAGCUCUUCUAUGUCAAGUACAAGGUACCAUCGUCAGCACACAUGCAGAAAGUCCGCACUGUAGCCAGCGCGUUCUUCGUACUAUUCUCCUUCGCUCUUAUCGCGCGUCGGAUGAACUUCAGCUUAAACAGGAAGUCCGUUUAG